UCCUCUCAGCCAGACUUGAUGCAGUUUGCCAUUAAAAUGUUUUCAUUGCCUCCAACCUUCCUACUCUUCCACAUUUGAUGAUAGUACACGUAUAGACGCAGUUACACCGGCUACACAAGGCCACGCUGCUAAGCGGAACUGACGGCUCUCCAGGAGAACAACACAGCGGUGGUUAUUUUGGAGGUUGUUACCUAAAAGCGGCUCCUGUGUGGGCACAACAAGCUAGCUAACGUUCGUCAGGCCGGGACAGACAGCGGCGAGGAGGCCCCAAACGGCACAGGAACUCGGGGGGAAAAUCAUGGCGAACAUCGCAGUUCAGAGGAUAAAACGGGAAUUCAAGGAGGUGCUCAAAAGCGAAGAGACAAGCAGAAACCAGAUUAAGGUGGAUCUGGUAAACGAGAACUUCACAGAACUUAAAGGGGAGAUAGCAGGGCCACCUGACACACCAUAUGAAGGAGGUAGAUAUCAACUAGAAAUUAAAAUUCCAGAGACAUAUCCUUUCAAUCCACCUAAGGUGCGGUUUAUCACAAAGAUCUGGCAUCCCAACAUAAGUUCGGUCACAGGUGCAAUAUGUUUGGACAUUCUCAAAGACCAGUGGGCGGCGGCCAUGACGCUGAGGACAGUCCUUUUGUCACUACAAGCUUUAUUGGCAGCUGCAGAACCAGACGAUCCACAGGACGCCGUGGUAGCCAACCAGUACAAGCAGAACCCAGAGAUGUUCAAACAGACAGCGAGGCUUUGGUCUCACGUCUACGCUGGCGCUCCCGUCUCCAGUCCGGAGUACACACGCAAAAUAGACAAACUCUGUGCCAUGGGCUUUGAAAAAAAUGCAGUAAUAGUGGCCUUGUCAUCCAAAUCCUGGGACGUGGAGACGGCAACAGAGCUACUGCUCAGUAACUGAAUCUUGACGACAACUUUUACAUCUUCCUCAUUUCCCGUCCCCCACCUCUCACACGCUCUCCUACAGCCUCCUCCAUAUUCCCGCCGUCUCUUGGCGUCUCUUCCUGCACUGCACCUUCUGUUUCACAGUGGACUCUGCCCCCGCACUUCCCCUCUCCCCGUUCAUUGCCUCCGCUGUGCCACACUCCACAAUCAGUUGCUCGGUGAGUGUGCAUCACUGGUCCCCUAGAUGGUCAUUCAACAUUCCGCUCAGUGCUACAAUCACGACGUCGGACCACUUAAUACUCCCACCCACGACCGACUCGCCACGUCUCUCUUACCGUGUACGACAAGCAUCCAUCAGCAGCUGAUCCUCACCUAUGCAGUACAUUGACUUUUAGUUUGGAAUACUUUUUUUGUAGGAGAGUGUGAAGCCAUUCAAGCAGACUGCUCAUCAUUUGGUUUCCACACACCUUGAUAAAAAGCAGAGUCUGAGGCAAAUUUAAUUUUAAAAAUGUCCCCCGCCCCCCAUAAGACUACCCUUAUAAUUAUCAUAUGGCAGUAAUGUGAUUACUGAGGGUAGCUUGGUGUAAAUAAAUUGCCCAAAUUAGAUUUCAUCAUUUAAAUUGAGAAAGAAGGCACGGCGUAUGGAAGUAAUUCCGACACAGACACGGACAAGGCUUAUUCCCUCAUUCAGAGACCACACCACUGCUCAUUGCCAUAGCAUUCAUUUCAGCUCGCGUUCCAACCAGGUUUGUCACCACUACAUUACAUACACGAUGUAAUUACUCUAUUCCGCUGUCAGACAUCCCUCCCCACCUGUUCAUUACUUCAAUAAAACUCACCUGUCUCUUCUCACCACAUUUUUUAUUUUUUAAAAAAAGGAAAAACCUUUUAUUUGGGUUUGGCUGCCUACAGGAAUAUAUUUGGAUUCUUGUUUUUAGAACCGAAAAAAAAUACAAAGAAAACACAUUAAAUGCAACCUCCAAAGUAAAAACAAAACAAAAAAAAGAGUAAAAAGUAUUGCAUCACCUUGACAAUGCCAACAGAUAAAUAUGUCAAAAGAUUCAUCUGUAAAUAAAGAUAAAGUCUGUGUAAAUUAA